AGGAAUAUAUUGACCCUUUUCUAAGUGCAGCCUUUGUAUGAUCUCACUGUGUUAUUAUGCCUUGACUGUGUGGGAUCUGUCUGUAAGUGCAACAUUUGGGACUUCUGGUUUUUGACUGUGUUUUCUUUGCAAUUGCGGAAUAACAAACUGGAACUAUGGAGGUAAGAAAAAGUUUUUAAAAUGCUGUUCAGAGUGCAGUAUGCAGAGUGCAGGAUGAUUUCGGUGCAGCUGUUUGAAUGAUUAGCGUAUAAGCAUAUUUGUCUAUGUUGCAGGUAGGUUUAAGGAGGUACUGGCAAGAAGUUUUGGUUCUCCUGCAUUUGACAGGUGAGUGUGACAGAAGAAAUCUGCUUCUCAAAGACUUAACGACUACUUUAUCACUCUUUUUGGAGUUUUACAUUUUAUCUUCUAUAUUUUGUAUGUUUCCAGCUUGUGCUGCAGGUAUGACAGGGAGAUGCAGCCUGUUUGGAAGACACCACAUUCACACGUUUGAUGGGGUUUUAUACGAGUUCCCAGGAGACUGCAGCUACCUGCUGGCUGGAGACUGCAACCGUCGCUCCUUCACUUUACUUGGUGAGUCACACAGACAGUUCAGUGAAGAAAAAAACUGUUUUGAAUCAUAAAAGCUGAGACAGUAUAUGUAUUUUUAGUUAAGGAAUCUUUCUUAUAUACAAACAUUUAAAACUGCUAAUUUGUUUCUUCAAUCUGAUCGGCAGGUGAUUUUGCCGGGGGUAAAAGAACUGGAGUCACUCUGUUCCUUGGGGAUGCCUUCGAGCUGCACCUGUCGGUCGAUGGACAACUCUUACAAGGAGAAGACAGGUGCGGAAAUCAGCAUCAAGCAAAAAUGAUAUGCUCAUCUACACUUCUGGCAUAAAAAACUUAUGCAGUUGUUUCAUAUAAGUUCUGAGUAUUUCAAUGUGUGUCCUUCUUUUUGUAGACUUUCACUGCCCUAUGCAUCUCAUACUGUGUUUGUGGGCUCGGAGCUUGGCUACUACAAACUCUGGAGUGAGGAGUUUGGCUUCACUGUGACCAUUGAUAGUGCAGCCAACAUUGCCUUGACACUGACCAAACACCAUGCAAACCGCACCUGUGGCCUUUGUGGCAACUUCAACACUGUCCCAGCUGAUGAAUAUACUGCUCAAGAGGGUAAAUCAUGGGUUUGAAACUGUAUAAUUAUUUCUUAAGUGAAAGUUGGAGAGUGAAACUAAGAAGAAUUCUUUAUAGUGGGAAUUAAGGAAAUGAUAUGAGUCACCAGCACUCAGCAACAGGAAGAGUAGCUACUCGGUGCAGGAAAAGAUAAAAAGGUUAAAGAAAGCAAGAGAGACGCUGCUGCCAGGAUGAGAUUAAGGAGAAAUCUUUAAACUUUUAUGUUUUUUCCUCUUUUUUUAUGUAUUUAGGAUUCCAGACAGAGGACAGUUAUGAUUUUGCAAAUUCCUGGGCAGUGAAGGGGGCUGGACAGUCAUGCAGACGUGUCUCAAAUCCCAGCCAUUCCUGUAACAGCACAAAGGGGACUUCAGCGGUGAGAGGAAAUCUGCACAAAUGUGUCAAGAUCAGCUGGUUUCAUUAUAUCUACUGUGCCUUUUAUUUAAGGAUAUCAUUUUGUUUUGAAUUUUGGUUGAAAAAACCCUGAAAACGUACAGAAAGUUCUCCAAACAUUAGGCACUUGUUGAAGCAUGUCCAGGAUGUCUAAUCUGAAAUCAUUUGUUGUUCAAGGUGAUCAUCGUUUCUACUGCAUAAAGAAACCUCUACAAAGCUGAACUGCGGCCUACUUACACUUAGGAACACAACAGCUUUGUUUCUAGCAGCACACGACAUCCACGCUGUCAUGCAUCAUAUGAAGAAUAUUACAUCUAAGUUUAUAGACUGUGCUGAAUAUGUAUUUUUUCUGUCAGAUCAAAGUUUUGCUUUAUGAGAAAACUGUGAUCUACUAUCAAAAUCUGGUACUGUUGGUUGUUGCACUGUUGUUCUGUACUUCUCCUUAUUUCCUGUCAUUGUCUAAGGCGUACAGUACCCACAAAACUCAUCAUUAUCACCUGAAACUCUUCCGCCCAUAAUUAUCAAUAUGAAAGUCAAAUUUCUUUGUUUUAUCUGUAAAAUUUUUAUGCUCUGAUAGAAAUUUCGUUUUUUCUAUCUUGGUAUCUGAGUACACUGCCUCUGUUGUGGGUGGAUGAUCAUGAGCAAAUUAGCCAGUUAUAGCCAGAACAUUUUGCACCACGUAAACACCCACAUGUGAGAAUUCAGUACAAUUUACAUGUUGGUGUGAAACCAUCCUGGCAUGGGUUUUUUUGUUUAGAAAAAAAUGUGAGAUUCCAUGUGUAAAAGCUCUGUAUAUUCUUCUUUUUUCAUUUCCACUGUUAUUCAUACAGUUUUAAUCCCUUUCUAUUGGCCGAUUUGUUUUAUCAGCAUCAAUCUUCAUAAUCCUGAUUUAUUCAUGAUUUUGUUUCAUCUUAAACCCUGUCUACAAAAUGUUAUCUUUGGAGCAGAUUAUUCUCUAUUUAGAUGAGCUGAUGAAACAAGAACACUAAUACCCUCACACACUCUCAACUGGGAUCUAUUUCAAGAACUUCUUUUUUUCAUCUCAGUUGGUAAACUGUUCACAACAAAAGGAAAUUGUUCAUUUGUUUUAGUUAUGUCAUCGCAUAACUCACUUGAACUUGAUUUUCAUGUGUGUGUGUGUCUGUGUAGAUUCUGUCCAGCUGCAGCGCUUUGCAGACUUCCAGUGUGUUUCUGCAUUGUGCCCACCUGGUCUCUCCUGAAGCGUUCCUGUUGCUGUGUCAGGAGGAAGCCUGUCAUUGUGACCAGAGUAAGAGUGAAGACUGUUACUGUCCGAUCCUGCAGGAGUACGCUCGUACAUGCCACGCACACGGGAUACUUCUUCAUGGCUGGCAGAAGGACAGCCAGUGCUGUAAGCUUGUUGUUCAGUAAGGAGAUGGUUUGAUAUUAACAUGAUUACAAGUAAAGUGUGAUCAAUCUAAGUGCUUGUGUGUUCAGUCCCCAAAUGUCCCAUCGGGAUGCAGUACAGUGAAUGCACCAAGUCCUGCUCUACCACCUGUCAUAGUCUCAACAUACAAGAGGUCUGUAAGGAAGACUGCGUGGAUGGCUGUACAUGCCCGGGUAACCUUAGAUUCAAUACAUCUCUCUUUUUAUUACUUUUUACUGAUGGUGGUGGUGACAUUAAAGUAUGUUCUUGUAUUUCAGUUGGUAAAGUUUUGGACGGUAACCGUUGUGUGGAAGUAUCUCAAUGUUCCUGCGUGCACAUGGGACGACAUUUCCCUCCAGGAUCCACUAUCUCUCAGGACUGCAACACCUGGUGAGUGAGUAACAUUCAUGCAGAAAAAAGUGCCAGCUCAAGCGUCUUUACUAAGUUUUAGUCAUUUAUUUAUUUUGCAGUGUGUGCCGUCAUGGCUCCUGGGAAUGUACUAAUGAAGACUGCCCUGGUGAGGGAAUUGUACUGUGGUAUUCACUGCACAUAAAUAACCAAUUACACUUGUUACUGCUUGAAAAAAUCCUAAACUUUUAAUAUCUAUUGUAAUGUCUUUGCUGCCUGUGAAUAGGAGAGUGCUUGGUUGUGGGCCAGUCACAUUUCAAAACCUUUGACAACAAGUUUUUCACCUUCACCGGUCACUGUCAGUAUCUGCUUGCAGAGGACUGCACAGGCAGCCAUUUCUCUGUCAUUAUUGAGAAUGUACAGGUAAUGAGGGUUCUUCUACUGAGCGGGUAAACAGGAAUUUUUCUGUACCUCUCCUGCAGCCAGCUGCUUUUCAUCCGCGGUUUCUUGUUGUGUGUCAGUGUGCAGAUGAUCAAGAUGCUGUGUGCACACGCUCAGUAACGCUGAGCCUUCCCCCUCUGGAGAACAUGACAGUGAAGCUGAAGCACGGAGGAAUUGUUUCUGUCAACGGCAUGGACAUCCAGACACCGAUGCAUCACGGUAUGCAAGUUUGACAGAGCAGCAAAUAAGAUCUGUGUUUUAUAACCUCUCAAAGAAAAGCUCCACUUUACAUUGUACUUUGCAAAUAAGAAGAGCUGAUGUAGGUCAAGAUAAGCAGUAAAAACUUAAACAAAGAAGGACAUAUUGCACUCCAACAAAUUAACACAAUAAUACAAUUAUCAAAGACAGGUUGAUCCAUUUUAAUAUCUUGUGUCAGACUUUUGUAUUUUCUAACAGCCUGAAAAUUUCAACUCUUUGGAAGAACUGUUUUUUGUUGUUGUUGUUUCAAGACCUUUUGUUAAAUCCAGCUGCUCAGUCCCCAAUGUGUGAAACAUUACAGGUCAUCUCCAUAUCCAGAGAUCUGUCCAGUCCUCUGUACGUGUAAAGUUUGGAGAAGACCUUCAUUUGGACUGGGAUGGACGUGGCCGUGUGCUUUUAAAGGUGGAAUAGUUUUAUGUUGUUUUUUGGUGCAUUUGUAAAAGAAGGUUUCCAAAGCAACUGUACUGAAUUCCAUCCUCAUCUUCAGCUGGGACCACAUUGGGCAGGACGCACUUGCGGUCUCUGUGGGAACUACAACGGUAACCAAGGUGAUGACUUCUUGUCUGGAUCUGGUCUGGUUGAGGUGGGACCCCAGGCUUUUGGCCAGUCAUGGAUGAUAAACGGAGACUGUGAAGCCAUGCACAGACAUGACAGGGAUCCAUGUACUAUAAACCCAAAACGAGGUACACGUGUAGAAAAAUAGUAGAUGCGUAGAUCAGCACAAGAAUGACUGAAAAUGACCCUUUAAUGAUCUUUGAUCCUAUAGUGCGUUUUGCGGAAGAGGCGUGCGCAGUGAUGACAUCAGAACUAUUCAGUGCGUGCCACUUUCUGGUGAACCCGGGACCGUUCCAGCGGUUCUGUCGUUAUGAUGUGUGUGCAUGUGUGGACGAGGAGUCGUGCCUCUGCUCUGCUCUGUCUGCCUACGCAGCUGCCUGUACUGCAAAAGGAGUGCUGCUCAACUGGAGGUCUCCCUCGCUCUGUGGUAACUCUUACAUUGAACUGAUUUAUGACAAAAAAAAAAAAAAACACAAAUCUGAAGAAAAUAUACUAUUAUUAGAAACAAUAAAACAAAAUUUCACUUUUUUUAAAAAUAAAAAGACAGCUGCUAAAAAAAAUUCUAAUGAGUCACUAAACCCUCCCCUGAUCUGAUUUCAUCAGAGCUUCAGUGCACAGGUGGCCAGGUGUAUGAAGCCUGCGGGAGUGUGUGUGACCGGACAUGCCAUGCUCUAUCUGGGGCAGAGCCGGACUGUAAGGAAGAGAGGGUAUGUGAGGAGGGCUGCUUUUGUCCUGCUGGAAAGUAUCUGAGCGACUCAGGAGAAUGUGUGACUGCUGACCUGUGCACCUGUCUGCAUGACGGACAGCUUUACCAGCCUAAUGAUGUCUAUGCAGAUCAAAACAGUAUCUGGUCAGUGGCUGCACAUAUUUUGAAAACAUGUUUUUAUAAUAGAUGAAAAAAACAGAACACUGCAGUUGAUAUACAGUAAUUUUUUUCAAUGUUUGUGCAUACAGCUACUGUGAGAAUGGCUCCAUGCGCUGUAGCUCCCCUGAAAUGAGUUCUCUGCUCUCUGACCUCUUCUAUGAUGAUGACCUGGCACCAUCCAGAGGUACAGUCUUUGUAUUUCACUGAAACUUUGUUUGUUGUCUUGAAUUUUGUGUCUUGUAUAAUCCCCUAGAAGUCUGGUAUCUUUCAUCUGAAGCAUUUGCAUUGAGCAAGAAACUUGUCUGCCCUGGUUUCAGUGAAUAACUGGGUCAUUGCAGCAUAUAUGCAGUCUGAUUACCCAUCAGAAUCAGAAACAGGAACAUUUCUUAUAUCCAUGUAUAGUUUAUUUAUAGAGUUUAUUUGUUUCAUGUACACAGAGCGCAGGUCAGCCCGGUGCCCUCCUCCACUGGUCCGAGCAGAUUGUAAUGCAGGAGAAAAAGGCCUUGAGUGUGCUAGAACUUGCCAGAACCUGGACCUGCCCUGUGUCAUCCCCACCUGCAUCCCAGGCUGUCUCUGUCCGCCCGGCACAGUACGUUCCUCUUUCCUCUUUUGUAUGUUUUUUAUUAAAGCAUUGAAACUUCCAAAAAGAACACAAUGAUUGAUCAGCAGAUUGAUUUCAGGUACGUCACCGUAGAGACUGCAUUGCACCUGAGCGGUGUCCCUGUUACCAUAACAACAGGCCAUAUUCAUCGGGACAGACCAUCUCAGUGGACUGCAACACAUGGUAACAUGAUUGUUCGAGUGGGUAUGUUUAUCGAGGGGAUAUUUUCACAGCAUUGUUUUCACAGGCUUUUAUUCUGUUGUAAACAGUGUUUGUGAGAGCAGGAAGUGGCGCUGCACAGAAAAGGUGUGCGAUGGCGUGUGCCGUACUGUGGGGGAGGGGCAUUACAUCAGUUUUGACGGUUUCAAAUAUUCCUUCCCCGGCCUCUGCCAAUAUGUCCUGGUCCAGGUAAGAGACCCAAAGAUUCAAGAAGAGCUCACUGCUUAAUCAAGUGUCAUAGUUGUGCAAAAACUGAAAGCUGCAUUCAUAAGGUCUCUCUUUCUUUCUCCCUCUAUCUUUUGUCUUUUACUUUCACUAUCAUUUGCUCCACAGGAUAUGUGUAACGGUGGGGAGGGUACAUUCAGGGUGCUGGUGGAGAAUGAAGCCUGUGGAAUAGUUGGGCAUCGCUGUGCAAAAGCAGUCACUGUUUACUACCAGCAAGGAUUGAUUGUAAUGGCAGAAGGAGAGGUAAACUAUUUUAAGACACACACACACACACACACACACACACACACACACACACACACACACACACAUUCAUAUAUAUUUACAUUUAGUCCAUACAUCAGUAUCAAAGAAAGUCAUAAAUUUAAUCAGAUGGAGGUAAUUUUUUUUUCUUUUUGAUCAUUUGACUUAAAAGAUCAGCUAGAAUAUUUUUCUAAAACACUGAGAAAUGCUGAAAUGUAUGCUAAAUAUGUCUGUUUAAUUCAAACAUUGCAAUUGAACAGCACGCCUCUCCAUAAUUUUUGGGAUGAAACCAGAGGAUGUCUGCUAUUUUUAGAGCUUAAAAAUCUACAAGUUCAUUCUCAACAGAUAUUAUAGUCCACUCUGAGAGACUGAGAGUUGACUCAGUCAGACUUACCCUAAUGUGAGUGUCUCAUUUUCAUCCAUAAUGGCUCUUCUUGUCUCUCACAGGUGAAGAUGAAGAAGCCUGCGCUACAUGGCUCUCAGGUAGAGAUUGUGCGAUCUGGUCAGUUUUACACCCUCCUGUUGGGGAAACACAUUUCCAUAAGCUGGGACAAGGGGACUCGCCUCCUGGUUCACAUCUCAGCCGCAUACAGGGUACUGAUUCAUUAUCAUCAUAACUUUACUCGGGUGUUGAAUCUUGUUUGUUUGCAUCAAAAAUUACUCCUGAUUAUGCCUUUUAUGGUUUUGUGUAGGGGCGGGUGUGCGGUCUGUGUGGUAACUUUGAUGGGAAUGUGAAUAACGACUUGAUGAGCAGCAACAAUCAGCUCGAAGUGGACUCCUCACACUUUGGAAACUCCUGGAAGGUUAUCCCCAGCUGUGCUGAUAUAAAAAAGGUAGAAAAAAAAAAACGUGUUUAUUCAUUAUUAAACACAUUUUAUUGGCUAUGCUUUGUUGAUGAAAGUUUUACACUCAUUUGGAUAGUAAAUAAAAUCAUGUUUGCAAAGACGUUCAGAAAUAUGUGAGGAUUGCAUUACUUUAGAAUAAAACUGAUAUUAAACACAUUAUUUUGCUAACUAAUGCAGUUUAUUAAGCUUUUUUAAUUUGUUUAUUAAAGGCUGUGUGCUGCUAGCUCCUGUUUCAUCCCACAGACUGGAGUGUUAUAUAAAUAUACAGUAUUAUUGGACACACCACUAUUACUUUAAAACCAUUUCAAUCAAAGCAGAUGUUGGGUAUGUAGAUGAUUACAAGCAUGACGCAGAUGUUAGGAUUACACCAAGUAUUUCCACUUUCUGUUUAUGUGCUGAAAAAGGCUAUAAAAAGAUAAACUAAGUCCGUCUGUGUGUUCUUGUAUGAUCAGAUACCUGCUCCAUGCAGUGACAACAUUGUCAAGCUGGUAACGGUGGAGCAGUCCUGUCGUGUGAUCACUGGGCCUUUGUUUAGAGAAUGUAACAGCCAAGUAAGUGCACUUACUGACACACUCGAUAUCCGAAGGCCACAUAUGCAUUGGUAUGCACUUGCAUUCUCCUGUUCCUCUUUGCUCCCAGGUGGAGGCAGAGCCAUAUGUGGAGAUGUGUGUCGAGGCUGCGUGCUCUUGCCCAUCAGUGGGCGACUGCGCGUGUUUCUGUGAUGUUAUCGCAGCUUAUGCUCAGGCCUGUUCGGAGAUGGGUGUGUCCGUCAGCUGGAGGUCCAAUGAUCUCUGUCGUGAGUAAAAAGAGUUCUCCUAUGUUUGUUGUUUUCUAUUGGUUGUUUACAGGCUGAAAUAAGUUCUCUUUUCCCCCCUCAAGUUUUGAAAAAGGUAAUGGUUGUUUGACUACAGUUUUAGUUCCAGUGACCCAGUUAUGGAGUUGGGGUUGUUAUGUGCAGGCUGAAUUUUCUUAAAAUAAAACAGGCUGUCACCGAAUUCUCUUCAUUAGCUGUAAGCUGUGAGGAGCUGAACCCGAGGACAGCAGGUGUUGGGGAGGAGUUGUGCCAGUGGAGAUAUAAUACUUGUGGUCCUGCCUGCCCGGUCACUUGCCAGCACCCGGAUAACCUCCCUUGUCCGCUCACAUGUGUGGAAGGUUGCCAUGCCUACUGUCCUCCAGGUGCCAAAAAUACUCUCUGAAUACACGUAUAACAUUUACAAACUAAAAUAAUUAAGGUACAAACAUUAAAACAAUUGGGCUGACAUUGACUUACUUAUUGUUUUCUAGGCCAACUUCUGGAUGAGGUGGCCAUGCGUUGUGUACUUCCCUCUCAGUGUCAGGUGUGCAUUCAUGAGGGCCAACGAAUCUCCCACGGCAACAAGGUCAUUCUGAACCAUGAUGACCCCGAACACUGCAAGAUAUGGUAAUGCUACAACAAAAGACCAAGUUACAAAUUUGGGUAUUUUUCACUCAUAAUAAAGGCUGUACAUAAUCUUUACACAAUUCAAAAUGCUCAUGUUUUUCUGUUUCAAAAGUCACUGUGACAACAACACCCUGAGCUGUGAAGUUUGUACUCCCUCCUCACUCACCACACCUGCACCAACUCCUACUUAUGGGACCUUUACAACUCUGCCCUACUUCACUACUUUGAUGCCAGAGGGUAAUUGUGACCGCGCCAUGGAUCUGGCAUUCCUCUUGGAUGGUUCAGUAGCCCUAAGUGAAGAGGAUUUCCAGGCGACUAAAGAGUUUAUUUUAGGAAUUAUUGAGCGUUUCCGUAUGGGGUCAGCCCACACUCGAGCCACCGUGCUGCUCUACCACUCUGGAGUCAAGACAUAUGAUCUGCAGGUAUAUAAGCAUCUUUUUCACAGAUGGAUGUACUGUUCUACUCUGCUAGGAUGAAACAAAUAUAGCUUCAAAUUAAUCUGUUUUGCUGUUUCAUGGAAAACUUAAUUUCAGUUAAUGACAACAUAAUUCAAAGAUAUAACUCUCCUCUUUUGUAUCGCUUAUUCCUGCCUGCAGGCUCAGAAGUGGCUGUUUAAGAAGGCUGUGCAUGACUUACAUUAUACAGGAGGAGACGCAGCCUUCUUGGAUGAGGCUGUCAAGUAUCUUGUCUACAACAUCUAUGACAAGAACAAGCGUGAGCAUGCCGGCCGUGUUGCCAUCAUAUUGACCGCCAGUCCCAACCCUCGCCAUGUCCGUUCCAUCAUCCGGUUGCUCCGCAGGGAGACCAUCACCACUCUGACAGUGGCCCUCGGUCCAGGGGUAAAUAUGGGGCAGAUCAAUGAUAUCACAAAGGUCAACCCAGACAAUAGGGCCUAUGUGCUUAGCAGCACAGGUGAGCUGCCUGAUCGUCUGUUAGAGGUGACUGAUUAUCUCUGCACAUUGGGGUUGGAGCCUGAGGGGGUCAAACCUCCAACACCAAAAACCACUCCAGGUAGAGCUCACCAGGUAACCACCACCACCACCACAACCUCAGCGCCACGUCUGGAGCCAAACCCGACACAGCAACUUCCCAGCACCCCUUCAUCUACCCUACCUUCUGGCCAGUCUUCCAUCACAACAUCAUCAUCCCCGUCUGAAGCCACAGAUGUCACAUUCAUCCUAGAGGGCUCUGAUUCAGUUGGUGAAGCCAACUUUAACAAGUCUCUCCUCUUCCUGGAGGAAGUUGUCUCUAAGUUGACGGAGGAGAAGGAGUCCAUACGUAUCACUGUGAUCCAGUACUCAGUGACUGUCACUGUGGAGAUCAGACGCUGGGAGCUGAGGCGGCAGAGGACCCUGCUGUGGCAACGACUGAGGGAGAUUCGCUGGAGAGGUGGAACCAAGACAAACACAGGCGCAGCUGUUACCAAAACAUUUCAAGAGUUGACCACUGCCCAGCCUUCUCAAGGCCCCACAGCCCCUCAGCUGGUCUUCCUCGUAACAGAGAACCCCCCUACUGACACAGUGACACGCCCGCCAACUAUGAGCACCAACACACAUGUGUAUCCCAUUGGAGUUGGACCAAAAGUACACACCACUGACUUGGAACCAUUCAGCUACCCUCAAGGUCCACUGAUGGUUGAUGACUACAACCGUCUGAACACCCUGGUCCACCGUGUGGUAAACAUCACACAGUCCACGGUCAGACUACGCACAGCCACACUGCCUCCCCCGGUCCUUCCUUCACUACCACCUUCAGGUACAGAAAACACACCUCUUAUAGUCAUCUAGUCCAUGAGGAGUCCUUGUUUUGUAUUAAUUUGUGGGGGUCUUUUCACAGUGCCAUGUAAGAAACCUGUGGAUGUGCUGUUCCUGUUGAAGGCUGGAAAACAACUAGAGGACAUGAAGACGUUUGUCAAAGCUUUUAUCAACAGUGCAGACUUAGGUGGGUGGUGUCAAGCCCUUUGUUUAGUGUGCGCUUUGUUUCACUUUAAUGUUUAACUAUUUGUGAUAACUGCCUUUUAUUUGGCACAGAUAUAUUUUCAAGUUUUUACACAAGUUUUCAUGAAAUUUGAGGGACAGAUGGGCAAGUUUGAAGAAAGGGCAUUUUGAUGAACAUCUUUUUACUGCUAAAUAUUUUUAUCAUAACUUUCUUGUGAACUAAGAUGGAGUGAUUGCUAAUAAGAAUGUACAUGUUUAGUUGACUGAACUUGUGAAUACUGUCACUGGUGUCAUUUGGCACUAAAGUUGCUGGUUAGUUACACAAGUUGUCAUAACUGUCACGGGGGUGUGGACAUUGACCUGCAGGAUAGACCAAAGGCUUAUAGUCCAAGUUCUGCUAAUGUUGACACACUUGGCACAACAUUUUAAUUUCAUUUACCCUCAGACACUAUGGUCCCAUGUUUAUGUGCAUUCCACGAUGUAUGUUCAAUACAGACUUUUAUUAUUGUAGUUUUACCUUUGUAAGGACAAUGUCUUUUGGUUCCCUUUUUUUUAAGUUGACUGAAGAAAAUCAAGCAGGAAGACAGAGUAAAUGGGACAUUUUAUUGGGAAUUUUAAUGUAACUUUAGAUAUUUGCCCUUUAAGAUGUGCUUAAGAAUUUAAAACAUAUAUACAUAUCUCUUUCAGAUACAUUUACGGUAUACUCACUUGCUUACCUACAUUUCUUCAACAAUUUACCUGCUUGGAUAUUUCCCCAGGGCUGAAUGGCACUCAGGUGGGGUUGAUUCAGUAUGGAGACACAAACACAGCAGAGUUUACCUGGAAGGACGGACAGAGCGCAGCCCGUCUCCUGAAGCUGGUGGAGAAUAUACCCAGCAGAGCCACCACAGCUGCCCCCGGGCUAGGUAAUGAAUAAAUAAACAUAUGUUUGUGUGGACAUUAAAGCAGGCUCACAGCUUCUCCUCUCUCUCUGUGCCUGCAGGCUCUGCACUCCGAUUCGCUGUACAGACAGCAAUCUCACCAGUCAGCGGUGGUCGAGUUGGUGUAGCUAAGGUUGUGGUGAUGCUGGUGACUGACAAAUCAGCUGAUGCUGUGCAAGAAGCAGCGAAUGAGGCACUGGCAGCAGGUCAUUCAGCAAAUAAUAUGAUCAAAUUGUGACACAAAUACAUCUGCAAUAAAGUUGCGUCUGCCAUCUAUUCCCCUUUGCAGUUUCACAUGCAUGUGUCUUCCGUUAGGUGUGUCUGUGUUCCCCAUUGGGGUCGGACCGAACUAUGACAUUGAUGAACUUCAAAUGCUUGGACACCAUGGCAACCAAGACAACACUCUGCAUUUGAACAGCAUGGAUCAGUUAAGAAUAUUCCUGACUUUGGACCAUGGUUACAUGGAGAGAAUUUGCAGAGGUAUUUACAGAGACUUUUUCACUUUGAAAUAAUGCAUUUAAACCAAAAACCUGUUUCUCUAUGCAUUAUAUAAUUUGUUAAAAGACAUUCUGUAAGGAUAAUAUUCAUUUAUGGUUUUAUCAUAUACUUUUUCAGCUGGACCACCAGGACAGUGUGUUGAUGAUAAGGGAAAUGAACGAAAGGUGACUAAUGUCUUCUGAGUUUGAUGACAUGAAACAGCAGUACUCCAUCCAUUUAUGAGCAUUACACACUGAUUUCAAAUGAAAUGUGUGUGUCUUUGUUCAGCCGGGUGAGUCAUGGCUGCUUGAGGAUGGCUGCCACUCGGUUCUCUGCCACCCCAGCGGGGCUGUGACUGUACAAAACCAUAAAGUCAGCUGUGACAGACUGGAGCCGCCGGCCUGCAGAAACAACAUGCCACCUGUCAAAGUGCAGGAGACCUGUGGCUGCCACUGGGAAUGCCCUUGUAUGUACAUCACAGAGAUUAUAUAGCACCAGCACCCUUAAGUACCACAUUUAAACACACAUGCAUGUUGUUUGUCAAUCAUAUGGCUCUGAACAUUACUGUCUUUGUGUGUAUUGACAGGCAUGUGUAUGGGCAGCUCCACCAAUCAUGUGGUGAGGUUUGAUGGCUUAGCUCUCAGGCUUGAUGGGGAUGGCCUAUGCUCCUACACCCUUCUCAGUGUCAGCCAAGGCAUCAAUGAAGGGUCAGAGGUCAAACUCUACACUGGACCUUGUCAGAACCCAGUGAAUUACAAUCAGGUCUGCAUGAAAGCCAUGGAAGUGAUCCACGGUCCACAUAAACUGCUGCUGAAGGAUGAUAUGACGGUGCGCACUUGUUCCACACACUUACACUGAGAUUAAUCCUUGUGUGUUAAAGUUAUAAGAAAUUAAUAAGAAGCAAUUGUGCAUGUGUGUGUGUUUGAGUAGGCUGUAAUUGAUCGGGAAGAACUCGCACUGCCAUGGCGAUACGCUGGCCUGGAGCUGGUGCGUUAUGGAGGAGUGAUGCUGCAGUUGAAAUCAGACCAUGGUUAUGUUCUGACUUUCACACCCCAGAGCAACGAGUUUACCAUCACAUUACUGCGCUCUCGUACCACCAGCCAAACUGCUGGCCUCUGCGGUAGUGUGAAUUCAGACACUUAUAUUCAAAAUCAGAAAUUUAGUUAGUUGUCUUUGCUUUUUCAGUUAUUUGCACUGAUGGCUCUUUGUAUUUUUCGACCAGGUGCCUGUGAGGAAGAGAAAUUUAAUAUCCUGUCUUUGCGUGAUGGAAACUCCACCGCCGAUCAGCAGACCUUCAUCUCAGACUGGACUGUAGCUGCAGAUGGUGGCAUGUGUCUGCGGAAGGAGAGGAUAAAAUGUGUGUCUGGAGCACCCAUGGGCUGUCAAGCCCUGCGAUCUGAGGUGUUUGAACCAUGCCAUCCUCACAUCCCUGUGCAGGUGUUCCUCACCAAGUGUGAGGAGCAUGCUUGUGAAGAGUCAGAUGUGUGUGAGCUGAUUUCAGCUUAUGCACGCCUCUGUAAAGAGAGAGGUGUCUGUGUGGACUGGAGAAGCCCUCACCUCUGCCGUAAGUCACUUUCUGAUGCCAUGCUCUAUGUUUCAGUUUGCAGCAUGUCCUGUUCAGAGCCCAAACUUUGAUCUGGAUCUGUGUUACAGCACUACAGUGCCCCGGCGCCAUGGAGUAUGAUGCAUGUCGGACAGGAUGUGUGGAUGACUGUGGUAGCGUACAGGCGUUGCCAGGCGACUGGUCUGUUGCCAGGGGUAACAAGUCAUCUUGCAUGGACACACCUACUGAGGGCUGUUUCUGUAGUGGAGGAAAGGUUUUGCAUCAUGGACAGUGUGUAUCACCAGAGGCAUGCAGGGAGUGUGUUGACCAGCGUGGAGCCAGAUAUCAGGUGAGACGAGACAAAAGAGAAGAAAAGAGGAAUUUGACUAAAUGUGAGAAGUUAAAAAAUCAAACCAACUUUCAGAUGGAAAAGCAAAAAUGCCUGUAAAAUAAGAUGAGACUGUUACCAAAGCGUACUGUGAUCGCCCUCUAGUGUUUAUUUGUUGUGCAUUUAUAAAAAAAAGAACAUUUUUUAAUGUGUUUGCACAGUAUAUGCAAAGCUGGGUACCAGAUGAGAACCCGUGUUUGAUCUGCAUGUGUUUGGACCAGCAACACAUUAACUGCACUGCCCGGCCAUGCAGCGAUGUCAAAGGCAAGCACCCUUCUGAUAAUCCUUAUCUGCAGGGCUCAGAUGUCACACUCGAAUAAUGAAUCAUCUGUCUGUCUGUCUGUCUGUCUGUCUGUCUGUCUGUCUGUCUGUCUGUCUGUCUGCAUGUGUGUAGCUCCAGUGUGUGGGCCCUGUGAGGUCCUGAGGGAGAAGAGAGAGUCUAAAUGCUGCCCAGAGUAUGAGUGCGGUAAGCAAAACAAACUUCAUUACAUUUCUGUAUUCAGUAGUGUCAUUAAUCAGCAGGGGGGAGGAGGAGAUCUGAAGAGUUCAAUAUAGUCUGUAUGUAUAAAACUGGGCCUGAAGUAAGUGUUGUAUUUGUAGAUUGGCUCCAAGCACCAAAAUAAAUUGCUUAAAUAUCAGAGCCCUAAUUUAUAAAAAGUGAAUUUAGCGUUGAAUUAUUGUUAUUAAAGAAAAGUGAGUCACAUUUAACAACUUCAUAUUGAAUUUUUUAAAUGAAGAACAUAUCCUUAAAUGUUAAGAUUUUUGCAGGAUACUUUUUUCAGACACAUGCAUCACAGUGUGAUCAUCUCAUGCCAUCUUCAACACUCUGUCUCUCUCUGUGACUUUUCAGUGUGUGAUCUGGUGAGCUGUGACCUGCCUGAAGUACCCCGCUGUGAGGAUGGUCAGACUUUGGUCCUGAAAAACCCUGGGGAAUGUCAGCCCGUACAUGAGUGUGGUAUGGCAUAUUAACAUUCUCUGUGAUGUUUGCACUCUGAGGCACACACAAAUUCGCAUGCACACACAAACACACACAGAUAUCCUGCAACCAUGGGUUGUCUUUAAAUUUGUUUUCCUCUUUCCCCCUCCAGUCUGCAAAAAAGAGGAGUGUGUUCCUGAAACUCCCCCAGCAUGCUCUGCCCACCGCCGUCUGUCAGUGAAAAAGACAAAGUGUUGUGAUGUGUUUGAGUGUGCCUGCAAUUGCAAGAACUCCACUCACACCUGCCCGGCUGGGUUCAUCACUUCCUCAUCUACUAACGACUGUGGCUGCACAGAAACCAGCUGCCUACCAGAUGAGGUUUGUGCGUGUUUGUACAUUGUUCAGUGAAUGCUCAUCUCCCCGACAUGAAAAAGUCAUGUAUUUAAUUGAUCAAAUUACCUGUACAGGCAAAUAUAAACAGAUGGUAUCAUUAGAGAUAUGGGAUGUGGACUGUAUCAAGCGGAGCAUGUAAAAAUUAAAUACAAAUUAAAAGAAAUGGCCAUCUUUUUGUGCUGUAGACAUCACAAUAAUGCAGUUCCUUUAUUGUAUACCUCUCCAGGUGUGCGUGGUUGGAGGCUCUGUUCAUCCAGUAGGGAGCGAAUGGGAGGCAGGAUGUGAGAAGUGCAGUUGCACCCAACAGAAGGACAAGGAUACAUCACUGCACAUUGCUCAGUGCACCCCACCUGUGUGUGAUCGAACCUGCCCUGCGGUGAGGCACACACAGGUCACUCUCAAUAUACAAUAUGGUGUCCUGCCUCCACAAAAAUAACCUCUCUAUGUUUGUCCACAUUCAGGGCUCUAGAUACACUCUGUCAAAAGGUGAAUGUUGUGGAAAGUGCCUACCAACCAGCUGUGUUGAGUCAGAGGGACAGAUGCGGGGAGACACACUGGUUGGACAAAGGUUCAGACAAGUACGUGUGUAAAGAAAGUAUACAUACCUAAAAAAUAUAGGCUUUAGGCACAUUUUGGUAAUAUUUAGUUCGCUUUAUAGAAUUUACACAGACAAACAGUUCACGCCAUUGUAGACAUCUACAAUGCCUAACCCUAUUUGGAUGAUAUCUCUCUAUCCAUGUGUAGGUAGGAGAGGUUUGGCAGUCUCCACAGGACAAAUGUGUGUUACAUCAGUGCUUGAAAGUGAAAAAUGAAGUGUUCAUCUCUGAAAGAAAUGUCAGCUGCCCUGCCAUGGACACACCAUCCUGCCCUCGGGGAACGGAGUUACGUUGCAACACUCAAGAUUGCUGCCCCAGCUGCCACUGUGGUAAAUACAACAAUAGUGACACACAAUAAAUAUACAAAAAUCCUUCAGCAAAUCAGCUUCAUGAAUUUUCAAAUGACUGAAUAUCAACUGAAAAAAAUGUUUAACUUUCUCACUAUUCAUGUCUCAUAGAACAUACGCACUUCAUAUACAAAAUUGCAGUUACAGUGUCUGUCCAGCAGAUGGCUCAAUCAUAUUGGCCAUGGCUAGUUAUCCCUACAAGAUGUCUGUGGGUUUGCACACCAUUUACAUAGUAGCAAUAAAACAAUGUUUGCUAUCCUUCCUGCAGCUCCUAUGGAUGCCUGUGUCCUCAACCAGACUGUGAUAGGAGUAAGUCAGGCUGAAGAGAAAGUGCUCUAUUAUCAUAUUAGGACACUUGGACUGUGUUUUCAGUGCUUUAUCUUGAUCUGUGUUUGUCCAGGCAGGAGAGAGCCUGAUGAUAGAUGUGUGUACACACUGUGAGUGUAUGGUAGAGGAGGGCGCUGUAAAAAAAUACAAACUGUCCUGUAGGAGGAUGAGCUGUUCCACGUGCCCCAUGGUAAGCACCAUACUAUCAUUAUUUUCUGUUACCUUGGUUUCCUUUCAUCAUCAUCAUCAUCAUCAACAUCAACAUGACUAACCAAAAAUUCAAACCCACACCAUUUUCAUCAAAGAAUCACUAAUAUACUGACUGCAUUUCCUGUCUCCUUACCAUUCAAAUCGAUGCACAUCAUUUUUCUGACUCCUCAUUUUUCACAGAGGUGAGUAGUGAACCCUGAUUUCCUGAAAAGGGUCCAGAGAAUGUAAUGUCUUUGCACGUGCAGUAAUAUCUUCUUUUUGUCUUUAUAUCUGAACUCACACCCUCCAUCUCUACCACAAUGUUUUCAGGGGUUCACCCUGGAAAAAGAGGAGGGUGUUUGCUGUGGUCGAUGUGUUGCCACAGCAUGCUUCAUGCAAAAGCCGGAUGGAGAGCUGUUCAGUGUACAGGUACAUAACUGCAGUAAAAACAAUGACUUUCUCAUAAACUCCAAUCUCUUUUACAUACACACACAAAGCACACAUACCUUGUUCUUGUUUUAAAUCCAGAAAAUAAUUUUCAUUCAGGGAUUUUCUUGCUGCCACAUCACUGCACUUUGCUAUGAUGUUGCUAGACGAUUCGAUAUGAUACGAUACAAUACGACAUAGUAUGGUACAGUACAGUAUGGCUCAAUAUGGUACGAUAUAAUACAAUGCUAUUGUAUAACAUGAGAACCGUCUUAUUUUAUCAGGUUCAUACUUCAUUCAGACUUCCAAGUUUAAUCUGCAAUAUGUAUUUUUUUAUUGUUUUAAAAUCAAAGAUAUUGUUAAUGUACAAUAGCGUUCUUAAUCAUACUGUACUGUACUAUUAUAUGUCGACUUUUACAUACCAUUCUAAAACAUAUUAGCCUAUAGCUAUAUACACUAUGGUGCUGCAUUUCAUUCUACAACAUAAGUACAUACUUGGAUCUUUAUUUUUCUACAAAGCACCAUAGUGCUCUAUCCUACUCUUAAUGGGCUGCAUCAUACAGUAUUUUAAUAUACCAUGCUAAGAUGCACUAUACCAUACUACAUAUCAAUAGUGUAGCAUACUUACUUUCGAGUCUAUACCAGACUUUUCCACUGGCAUCAAUAAGUCUAGAAACUCACAAUGUGUCAUCAUUUGCAUAGUUAAUUUUAGUUGAAGAUUGAGAAGAAACAAUUGUUGUUGUAGCAGCUGUGGACAUGAAUGUCAUAAAUAUGUAUGCCUUGCUUUUCUUAGGUAAACACCACUACUGAGGAUGGGUGCAACAAGUAUACAUGUAGUGUUAACAGCAAAGGAGCUCUGGUUCUUCAGACCAGAGUGACCACCUGUCCUCCUUUUGACCGCCAAGCCUGCCUGGACCAGGGGGUGCGACUGCAUUUACAUUGUCCAUCUUACACUAUGCAUGUGGCCCCAUACACUUAACCUAUUUCUCUACAUGUGCUAAAGUCUUAUAAAUCUCUCCUGCUUGUUUUAAGGGGAAAAUCAACAAGAUCGGAACAACUUGCUGUGAGCUGUGUAAGUAAAAAUGACUCCUCUUCAAACUUCUUAUAGAAUCCAGAAGUUCUGGUUUUAAUAAGAAAUUGUGUUUUUAUGAAGGUGAGGAGCCAGAGUGUCGAAGGACAGUGGGAAUCCUAAAAACAAUCAAAGUGGAUGACUGCCAAUCAGAACAGGAAAUAGACUUACACUACUGUGAGGUAGGAUGCUGCAAACCCAAACACAGACACGCGUAUUUAAGGAUGACUAAUACUUAAUUCCUUGUAGGCUUAGCCUACAAACUUCAAUGAAAUAACUACACUGUCACUCACUUUUAUACCCCUAUGUGUCCCCUGUGGUGCCGUCCAUCUGUCUGUCUAUCAGGGCAAAUGUCGCAGUAAGUCCAUGUACUCCCUGGAGAGAUCUACUGUGGAGCAGGAGUGCGUGUGUUGUGCUGCCGUGGAGACCGAGCCUCUCAGUGUUCCCAUACUGUGUGCCAAUGGCACCAGAAGCCACCACACUGUCCUGUCUGUCACAGCAUGCAACUGUCUCUCCAAACACUGCACCUAAAGAGAGACAGAGAAUGAGAGCGCAAAUGUGAGUGUAUGAUAGAGAGAAAGAGAGAGAGAGAAAGAAAGCGGGAGAGAAAGAGAGAGAGUGGGAGAUAAUAGUCUAUAAUACAGAUUAUAUGUGUUACAUGUACCCAAAAAAGAAAUAAAUGUACAAAUAAAACAAAUUAUACCUAUCA